AGCGACGUCAUCAAAACAGUAAGACAGAAGGAGAAAACGCAGCUCGUCACGAACAGAAAACAAGCCAGUGAGCAACAGGAAAUCAUGAUCCGGCUCCAGCAGCGUGUUUAGCCUGCUCUGACCAACGGGACAUCGGACUUUCUGUGUUGUGUUUCUCCCUUUCAAAGCCCCCCAAGGCAGCAGCGCCAUGGUGGAGCAGUCGGAUCGAGCCCCGCUGCUGGACUGGGAGGAGAUCCCGCCGCCCGAUCCAAACCAGGCGGCCCCACUGCCGCCUCCGCCGCCGCCGCCGCCGCGGGAGGAAGACGCAACGACGGAGAAAAGUUCGCAGGAGCGGCGCACACCGACGGGCACUGUGGCUGUCACCGUCAGCACCACCACCACCACCACCUGCACCCCAGCGAGGAGUCUAACAGCUGUUGUUGCCAUCAAGGAUGGCAGCCCGGGCCGUCCGCGAACAGUGCUCAGUGGGCACGGGUGGAAUCUCGAUCCAGGUCGUAGUGUUCCCUUCCCCGGCCUCUCGGCGAGGGAUCAGUGGGAGGAAAGAGACCAGAUCGUGGCUGUGUUUGUGGUUACAUUUGAUACGAGAUCAGGCAAUAUGGUAGAGUGGUGCCUGCCUCAUGACAUCAACCUAGAAGGAGUUGAAUUCAAGUCAAUGGCCAGUGGUUCCCAUCGGAUCACCAGUGACUUUAUAUAUUUCCGUAAAGACUGUUACUUUGGGCUGGCCUGUUUUGCUAACAUGCCUGUGGAGAGUGAGCUGGAGCGAGGAGCAAGGAUGAAGUCUGUGGGAAUUCUGUCUCCCUCCUACACUCUGCUUUACCGCUACAUGCACUUCCUAGAGAACCAAGUCAGGCACCAGUUGCAGUGUCCAGGUCAGUAUUCGCCACUGGAGGCCUUCUAUGAGGAUAAGAAGGCUAUACUCCCAGCUACAGGAAACGGACAUGUCACUGCUUGUCCGUCCUGGAGUGUUACCAAUAUCAACCGCUGCAUGCACCCUGAAAUGAAGAUCACCCACCCUGCUGGCUGCAUGUCCCAGUUCAUCCAGUUUUUCGGAGAGCAGAUAAUGGUCCUAUGGAAGUUUGCACUGCUUAGGAAACGUCUCCUGAUUUUCUCACCUCCACCUGUAGGUGUGGUCUGCUACAGGGUGUAUUGCUGUUGCUGCCUGGCCAAUGUGUCACUACCUGGAAUCGGUGUCUCUGUGCCUGAAUUACGGCCUUUCUUCUACAUCAACAUAGCUGACAUCAGUGCCCUGGAAACAGAGCUGUCCUACGUGGCCUGCACCACGGAGAAGAUUUUUGAGGACAAGAAGGACCUGUAUGAUGUGUACAUCGAUAACCAGAAUGUGAAAACACACAGAAGCCAUUUGCAGCCGCUGCUCCGACUGAAUGCAGCAGAUAAGGAGAAGUACAGGAAACUGAGUGAACAGAGGCAAAUGUUGCUGUACUCUCAGGAGGUGGAUGGAGACUGCACAUCAAAUGAAGAGGAUCUUUUCAUUCUAUUCUUCAUGGAGCUGAAUAACCGCAUCUUCCAGACCCUGUCAGAGGUAGCAGGGAGCAACGAUCCCACCCUCACCACUGAGCACGUGAGAGCCAUGGGGCUGGAUCCUCAGGGUGAUCGCUCCUUCCUGGUCGACCUGCUGGAGGUGUACGGUUUCGACGUCACGCUGGUCAUAGACAGCCUCUGUUGUUCUUGAGCCUGGAACUCGGGGUGCCACUGGAUUAUCUGUGCCUUCAAGGCCCACACACACCUAAGACACUAAAGACACUGCCUCCACCCAGGGGCUUCAUCUGUUUCCUGCUGUCCCCUCCUGGGUGUCCGUUUCCCCCUCUGUGUGUCUCAUCUGACCCGUGGAGACCGUUUCCCACUAGUGUGGGUGAUGAAGACGUUUCCUGUUGAUGCAGGAGUCCACAGUGGCAAUCAGAUGGUGCCACUUGGCAGCUGCGUGCUCUUAAUAGCCAUUCACCUGUGUCACUACUGUGCUAUUUUUUGUCAGAAGCAUUUUCUUGUUUACUGUAUGCUUGUCUGUACAGUCCUGCAGCUUUGCUGGUCACUGUACAGUUUGGAAACGAACUAGAGAUACGAAAGUCUUCAAAACGUCUGCUGUAUUAACAUGCGUAGGUGUUCAAAUUAUAUCCUGCUCUCAUAAAGCUAUUUCUGGAGUUGGAGAAAUGGAAGUUUAUUGACCACUUUAUUUGCCUUUCAAAAAGAAAGCAAUAGCAGUACAUGUUGAAUCAGCUUGAAGUGAGGUAAAAUGAUUUACAGUGCUAUGAAAAAGUAUGUGCCCCCUUCUUGGUUUCUUUUUUUUUUGUGCAUAUUUAUCACAAACAAAUUUAGAUAUUAGACAAAGCAAACACAAAAUGAUUUUAUUUAUUAAUGGAAAAAAUCUAUCUGAACCUACAUGGUCCUACGGGGGGGAGAUUACGUUUUCACAUAGGGCCAAGUAGGUUCAGAUUUUUUCCCUAAAUAAAUACAAUCAUCACCUAAAAACUGCAUUUUGUGUUUACUUGGGUUAUCUUUGUCUAUUAUUUACAUUUGUUAGAUGAUCUGAAACAUUUAAG